CGAGUCGUUCGCGCGUUAAAUAAUGAAAAAAUAGUAAACCCAGAAAUGAAUUUCGUGAAGGAACAAUUUCAAAUUACCAUAGUAACGAAGAGCAAAACACUCUCAUAACCUGAGGAUAAACCGAACAAUAAAGCACUUGUAACAUUUUCCAUCCAUCGUACUUGUUCAAAAAGUGUGGAUCGAGAUGUCAGAUCAAAAUUCCGAAAAAAAUGUUAGAGAUGUUGCGUUGCGGCUUUGUUUAGAAGAAGAAGAACGACGUAAAACCGAUCCGAAUCAAACACGUGAACGUUCGAUCAUCAUUGUUGGCAGUAAAAGCGUCGGAAAGACUACGAUUGUACAUCGAUUUCUUGAAAAAGAUGAACCGCCCAAGCCGACUAUAGCAAUGGAUUACUCUUUUGGACGUAAAACUGGUAAAAGCUUAACAAAAAGUAUCGUGCAUGUUUGGGAAGUAGGACAUUUAACGUCUUCGUUAAUGUCAGCCGCAAUGACAGGCUCAUCUUUGACUCAUUCCCCUCAUCACGUCACGGUACUGGUUGUAUUGGAUUUAUCACAGCCAGAGAUUUUAUGGUCUACGUUCGAAGAGGUUCUCUCGGUAGUUCGUAACGCGAUGAAAAUGAGUUACGACGAUAAAACGAUUCUCGAACUUAAACGACGCCGGAUAAAGGAGCGGAAAAAGGCGAUAGAAAAGGAAGUUGAACCAUUUCCGUUGAAACUUUGCAUUAUAGGCGGAAAGUACGAUCUAUUUAAGGACGUCGAUUUCAAUAAAAAGGAAUUAAUCGGGAAAGCGUUGAGAGCUAUAGCUCACGUUUUAGGAGCUGGGCUUUAUUACCAUUCUUCGAAAGAUAAGACUUUAUUGCGAAGGACCAAAGACUUGUUAUCUCACUACGGGUUUGGCACUCAACUUUCUGAUACCACGUGCACGGAGUUCGAGAAGCCAUUAGCGGUGCCCGCCGGUGCAGACUCAUUCUCGUCGAUCGAUUUGCAAUUUCCUCAGACGAGACCUUCGGCGAUCUUAGAUACCAUCAAACAAAUUUACGUUACUCGUAUACCGCAGGAGUCAAGGAGCAAUGAAAUUAUACUAGAGGAUCCGAGUAACGACUCCAAUUUUAAUGAGCCGAUCAUCGAUAGAUUGCGAGCGCAACGAGAGGAGGAAAUUGGUAUUCUUCUUCAUGACAUGCUUGAAGGUCGAACACUACAAAUCCCUAUUCCGGACCCAUCGUAGGGUUAGAUAUUACUUCAUCACGUAGAUUUAUCAAGAAUGCAUGACAGGAGAAAUCUUUCUGAGCGAAAGAAAUCCCAGUUAAUGCAUGCUUGUCACGUAUUUGAUCUCGUUGAAAAACAAACAUCUGACAAGCAGAAAAUUCUAUUUCAUCUGAUUUCUGACGAAUGUGCACUUUCUCUUAGGAGUACAUAUGAAAAUUAUUAAAAAUAAUCAAGCGUACGAAUAUCUCGCACGAUAUUCUUAUCAAAAUUAACUUGUAUCAUUUGUACAAUGAACAAUAGCUGUGAAUAAAGAUUGUUUUCAAAUUUUUAAUCUCACUUCACGUCUAUAGAUACUCUACCUUUCUUUUUGACGAUAUACCAUACGUUAAACGAGUCCAGAAAAGGUAUAACAGUGACAAGGAAAAUAUGAUAAUGUGUACUUAUCACAUGUAAGAAGAAUUGUUAUAAGAUAUGUUUUGAUAUAAACGAAACAAUGUAUGUAUGUAUGUGUACAUAUUUUCUAAAGCAAAUGUGAAGUAUUUUAUAAUCGAUUAA